AUGAGCAAUUCAAAUCAUAAUAAAUCUAGAUCAAAAACUAUAGGUAUUAAUGGUAAAAAAUCAACUUCAACCACUACUCAAUCAAAUGGUAAUAACAAUAAUAACCUUACACCAUCAUCAUCAACAUCAACAGUUAAUUCACAAAAAAUACAAACACCUCAAUUAGAACAAGUUGAAUCAUCAUUUAGUUCACCAAGUGCUCCAAGUUCACCAAUUGAAGAACCAGCUUUAAAUCAUAGAGUUUCAAUCAAGAGAAGUUCAAAUGCUUCAAGUUUAAUUGAUAUUGCUGAAGGUAAAAACCAAAACCAGAAACAACAACAACAACAGCAACCAAAUGAUUUAUCAAAUCAAACAAGAAGUAAAGAUGAAGUAAAAUCAAUUUUAUCACAAAAAACUGCUACUACUACUAAUGAUACAGCUUCAUUAAAUACUUUAGUUAACAAAAGUUCAAAUUAUGAUGAAUAUAAAUAUACAGAUUUAAAAGAUAUAUCAAUUGGAGUUGAAAAAGUAACAAAAGGUUUCCAACUGGGUAAAACUCAUUCAUUACAAUUUAGAUUAAAUCAAAUUAGAAAUUUAUAUUUUGCAAUAAAAGAUAAUCAAUUAAAAAUUAUACAAGCUUUAGAAAAAGAUUUUAAUAGAGUUUCAUCAGAAACUAAAAAUUAUGAAAUUGCUACUGGAUUAAAUGAAAUGAUUUUUAUAAUGUCUCAAUUACAUAAAUGGGCAAAACCUGAACCUGUUACUGAUUUACCUUUAAAUCUAUUAACAAAUCCAGUUUAUAUUGAAAGAAUCCCAUUAGGAGUAGUUUUAGUUAUUGGUGCUUUUAAUUAUCCAUUUUUUGUUACUAUAUCACCAAUUGUUGGUGCAUUAGCUGCUGGUAAUACUAUUGUUUUAAAACCUUCAGAAAUGACUCCAAGAUUUUCAAAAUUAUUUAAUGAAAUUUGUACAAAAGCAUUAGAUCCUGAUGUAUUUUUUGCAGUAAAUGGUGGUAUACCAGAAACUACUGAAUUAUUAAAUCAAAAAGUAGAUAAAAUUAUUUAUACUGGUUCAGGUUUAGUUGGUAAAAUUAUUGCUAAAAAGGCAGCUGAAAGUUUAACACCAGUUAUAUUAGAAUUAGGAGGUAAAUCUCCUGCAUUUAUAUUAGAUGAUGUUAAAGAUAAAGAUUUACCAAUUAUAGCAAGAAGAAUAGUUUGGGGUAGAUUUGCAAAUGCUGGACAAACUUGUAUUGGAGUUGAUUAUGUUUAUAUUGCAGAAUCAAAACAUGAUAAAUUUAUAAUUGAAUUAAAAAAAAUUAUUGAAGAAGAAUUUUAUCCAAAUAUUAAUAAGGAUGAUAAAAAUUUUACUCAUUUAAUUCAUGAUAGAGCUUUUCAAAAAAUGUCUAAAAUUUUAUCAACUACAAAAGGUGAAAUUAUAAUUGGUGGUGAACAAGACUCCAAAUCGAAAUAUGUUGCACCAACUGUUAUUGAUAAUGUUGAUUGGAAUGAUUCAUCAAUGCAAGAUGAAAUUUUUGGUCCAAUUUUACCAAUAUUAACUUAUAAAAAUUUAAAUGAAGCUUGUCAUAAUGUUGUCAGAAAUUAUGAUACUCCAUUAGCUUUAUAUAUUUUCACAAGUGGAUCAACUUCACCAUUUAAAAAUGAUCAAAUUAAAACCAUAACCACCACAAUCAGGUCAGGUGGAUUGGUUAUUAAUGAUGUAUUAAUGCAUAUAGCAUUACAUAAUGCUCCAUUUGGAGGUGUUGGAACAUCAGGUUAUGGAUCAUAUCAUGGUAAAUUUUCAUAUAGAGCUUUUACACAUGAAAGAACAGUUAUUGAACAAAAAUUUUGGAAUGAUUGGGUAUUAAAUGUAAGAUAUCCACCUUACUCCCAAGCAAAAGAUAAAUUAGUUAAAUCUUCACAAGAAUUAUAUGGUGGUAGAGUUUGGUUUGGUAGAAAUGGAAAUGUUGCUGUUGAUGGACCUACUACUUUUUUCAGUGGUUGGACUAAUGCUUUGGGUAUGAUUAAUCUUGUUAGAGAUUUCAUCGGUGCAUCACUUUCUUCUUAA